CUGCGCGUCGCCGCCAGUGUUUUUCCUCUCUGUUUCACUUUAAAACUAUGAAUUCAUAAUUACACUCAUCUGUAAGGUGUCGUGAGUGGCAUAGAGUGUGGUCUGUGUGGACAUUUUAUGUUACUUUAAAAAAUCAGGCUCUCUGCAUGCCGGCGUAGAAUAGGCUGUCUGUGACGUCAUAUUAGGCGACGAAAACGAAACUUUUUGAAUAGUUAAAGUAAACUGGAGGCCGCAGACGAGACGUUAAGCUGUUGUUCUUCAGUGGAUCGACUUUUAAAAAGAAUCUCAUCGCCCAGAGGCAGAAGCAAGGAAAAAGCAGCAGCCAUUUACUUCCAUUCCAAGAUGGCUGUGAAACAGGAGAUGUGUGAGGUUGACCUAAAUACCAUGGCACUAACAACUGCAGCUGUUAAGAAGGAGAACUGUGAAUGGGAGUCUGUGCACCCUAAGCAGGAGAAUCUCAGUAUUAAGGAUGAAGAUCAUGAAGUGGGGUCAGUGGCCGUUAAAGAAGAGGCCGAGGAGAAUUGCGUAAAUGUAGAGAUGCACAAACAUGAAAGUGUGGACCACGACGACUUCAAGGUGAGGGCCAAGUCGUUGCAGUCUGAGACAAACAAGUCUCGGACCCCCCAUGAGUCUUUAAACUGUGAGGUCCAGGAAAGGACUGAGGAAACGUCAGCUAUUACAACUCGGAAAGAUCAACCAGCACCUUCAAUCUCGGCUGAUAUGAGAGAUAAACCUUUCUGCUGUUCUGAAUGUGGCAGACGAUUUUCGCAUUUAAGGAAGCUUCGACGUCACAUGAGAAUUCACACUGGAAAGACUCCGUACCGCUGUUCUGAAUGUGGCAAACAAUUCUGCAGCGGGAAAAGUCUCAACAAACACACUAGACUACACACCGGAGAGAAGCUGCAUUGCUGUUCUGAAUGUGGCAAAAGAUUCUUAGAUAGCGCUGAUCUUCAAAAACAUGCAAGAACUCACACUGGAGAGAAGCCGUAUUGCUGUUCUGAGUGUGGGAAACACUUUUCCUGGAAGAGCAGCCUUCAGAUCCAUACAAGAAUUCACACCGGAGAGAGGCCAUAUUCCUGUUCGGAAUGUGGCAAACGAUAUCGGGACAGGGGUUCUCUCAGGCACCACGCGAAAAGUCACACCCAAAGGGAGAUGUAUUGCUGUUCUGAGUGUGGCAAACAGUUUUCUAAAAGAAACACUCUUCAGAGCCACAGACGAAUUCACACUGCAGAGAAGUCUCAUUGCUGUUCUGAUUGUGGCAAAGAGUUUUCACAAAAGAGCAAUCUUCAAAACCACAAAAGAAUUCACACCGGAGAGAAGCCCUAUUGCUGUUCUGAAUGUGGCCAGCGGUUUUCUCAAAGAAACACUCUGAAGAGCCAUGAAAGAAUUCACACAGGAGAGAAGCCGUAUUGCUGUUCUGAGUGUGGCAAACAGUUUUCACAAAAGAACAAUCUUAGGAGGCACAAAAGAAUUCAUACGGGAGAAAAGCCAUAUUGCUGUUCAGAAUGUGGGAAGCAGUUUUCACUGAAGUUUAAUCUGCGGAGCCACGAAAAGAUUCACACAAAAGAGAAGUCAUGCUGACUUAUUUGGUUCUGCUUUUUAAUGUGUUUACUGUUUAAGUUCCCUUUUCAUGUCUUAAUUUGUUUGAAUUUCAAGUUUUUUCUAUGUGUUUAUUGUACAGCGUCCUCCACAAUUAUUGGCACCCCUGGUUAAGAUGUGUUCUUCAGCUUCUAAUAAAUUAUUUUUUCCCCCCAAACAUUUAGGCUCACAACACAAAAAAGAGAAAA